AUGCCUGAAAAGAUUCUCGACGACAUUUCCCACCGACGGUACAACCCUUUGAAGGACACUUGGUUGCUGGUCUCCCCCCACCGGACCAAGCGCCCCUGGCAAGGUCAGCAGGAGGGGCCAUCUACCACGACGCUUCCCGAAUAUGACCCCAAGUGCUACCUCUGCCCCCGGAACUCCAGGGCGGUAGGCGAUUCGAACCCCGACUACAAGAACACCUUUGUCUUCGUCAAUGACUACAGCGCUGUCAAGGAGGAGCAGGCCGAGUACAAGCCUGAGGUAGAAACCAACGACAUUGCAUCGUCGCUGCUUCGCGCCGAAGCGGCCACGGGCAAAUGCUACGUCCUCACCUUUUCUGAGAAGCACCAUGUUACCCUUGCCGACAUGACGACCCAAGAGAUCGCUCCUGUCAUCGACGUGUGGACGCAAAUCUACGCUUCCCACCUCUCCUCUUCGAACCCACUCUCCAAGGUCGCUGCCGCCCUCGAAAUCCCUGCCCCAACCCCCGAAAGCACAGUGCCGCCGCCCAAGCACAGCCUACGGUACAUGCAGAUCUUUGAGAACAAGGGUGCUGCCAUGGGAUGCUCGAACCCUCACCCGCACUGCCAGGUCUGGGCGACGUCCACAAUGCCCGAGGAGCCCGGCACCGAGCUGAAGCAGAUGGCCAAGUACCGCGACCAGCAUGCCGGACGGCACCUACUGGGCGACUAUGUCAAGGUUGAGUUGGAGAAGAAAGAGCGCACUGUCUUCGAGAACGAACACUUCCUUGUCGUUGUCCCUUGGUGGGGUGUGUGGCCGUUCGAGGUCCUGGUUCUGCCCAAGAGACACGUUCGCGCUCUGGUGGACUUGUCCGCCGAGGAGCGCUUGCAGUUUGCCGAAGCCAUCCAGGAGGUCGCAAGGAGAUAUGACAAUCUCUUCGAGACGCACUUCCCCUACAGUUCCGGUAUUCACCAAGCACCACUUGAUGCCACCGAGGAGGAGGCAGAGAACAGCUACCUCCAUAUGCACUUCUACCCGCCUCUGCUGCGCUCUGCCACCGUUCGAAAGUUCCUUGUCGGCUACGAGAUGAUGGCAGAGCCCCAGCGUGACAUCACCCCCGAACAAGCCGCCGCUCGGCUCCGGGCCACCGGCGGCGAGCUGUACCGCAAAGCCAUCCAGUAG